UAUCUUUUGAUUAGGUGCUGUGAUUGUCUCCACACCCCAGGACAUUGCACUGAUGGAUGCACGCAAGGGUGCUGAGAUGUUUCGAAAAGUCCACGUGCCCGUUCUUGGCCUUAUCCAAAACAUGAGUGUUUUCCAGUGUCCAAAAUGUAAGCACAAAACUCAUAUUUUUGGUGCUGAUGGUGCAAGUAAACUAGCGCAGACCCUUGGUCUUGAUGUUCUAGGAGACAUUCCCUUACACCUUAAUAUAAGGGAAGCUUCAGACACAGGCCAGCCGAUUGUAUUUUCACAGCCUGAAAGUGAUGAGGCCAAAGCUUACCUGAAGAUUGCUGUGGAAGUGGUGAGAAGAUUGCCACCACCUUCAGAAUGAUUCUCAAGUGCCCUGGAAAUUUGUCUGGUACUGACAGUAAGAGGACCUGUGGAAAUCAACAAUGUGGCAGUGAAGCCUACUGAAAUAAUAGCAAUCAUAAGUGUUUUAUUUCUAAGAAAAUAAUGUCUUGUUUUCAGAUUUGAUUUGCUAAGCUGUGACUCACAAAUAACAUUUUUACGUUAUUAGUGCUACUGCUACUCAGGAUUUUUUUUUUUUUUGAAAACCUGUGUGUGCCAGCUGCAUAGAACUGCAUUUUCUUUUAUUGAGUUACCGCUUAAGAAAUCAUGAGUUUAUGAUGUUACAAGCCCAUUUUGGUAGGGAACUGUACAUUUUUUGCAGGACCACAGAGUUAGUCAUUUAAAGGAUUUACUAAAUUUGUGUAUGGACAUAAGUGUGACCCCUCCCCACCAGGCAAUUGGGUCUGGCUUUGAAUCCUGUCUUUAGUAUUCCCUUGGACAUGUUCUUAAUACAGAUGAACCUCUGCAUCUUCAUCUGGAUCAGACUAUACCCCAGACUUAAUAAAUUUGAAUCUCCAAGGGCGGAGCCUGGACAU